AUGGCCUCAGCUGAGGAAACCUUCUUCAGCGCUGCCCGAUCCCGUCGGCUGGCUUGCGACCGUUGCCAUAGACACAAGCUGAGGUGCGAACGGAGUUCCGUUAUUGUCAAUGGUGGCGUUGCCGUGCCGCUUGGGCCCUGCAAACGAUGCCUCAAGGCGUGCAUUCCCUGCCAGACGGUCCAGACCAUUUCCGGGGCUUUUACAGCAGCCAAAACCGGUGAUACACCAGUGCCACGCAGAUCUGCUCGGGAAGCAGAUCAGGCAGCGAGUCCAGCAAAACGAGCACCCUCACCCGCACGCCGUCCGACUGCCUCUACACCACGCAACGUGCCAGGUCUAAUCCAUGACGACACUUUGUCCGGCACGGAUACCGCGCCUUUUGAGAUCAGCGUCGCGGAUGCCGCGAUGCUAGACGUUAGUAACUUCGACUUCAGCGGUAGCGAGUUCAUCGAUCUGGGCAGCAACGGGGUACUCAGCUCCCCCACGCCUAUACAGAGUCCGCCGGACCAUGGCAGCUUGAUACGAGAUAGCGAGAUUCGCGAUCGUACGCCGAUCCCUCCCCACAACCAGCCUCCGCCGCGAUACGAUGACUUUGCGAAUGAUUUAUCGUGCUUCGGGACUAUGGCACCCAAAGACGACACCAUCUCAACGCUGCCUGCUCUGACAGAUGUCGAGAAAGCCAGCACGGGAUCCAGCAAAUCGGCACCAGAACGCGGGCCGCGCGAGGAAUGCAGUCAGCGCCUACUCGAGAUCCACGGGCUGCUUCUCAACGAGCUGCAGUGUAUUACACCCGCGGAUGUGACCGAUGCCCUGAUGUUCCCGGAGAACGGCAGCUUCUCGGGUCGCACUCGAACCGGGCAGGGGCCCGGCAAUACCGUAGUGCACCGAGUCUUGUUUACGUCCGAACGUCUUAUCGAGCUGCUCAGCAUCAUCCGAGCGGCGGACACCGCUAUCAAUGGAGACAAAAGGGAGGCGGGCAUCGGCCCCAGAAACACAUCAUCCUUCGUGGACCUGCCCAUCGUGAUCUCGAUUCUCACCUGCUACGUCGGGCUACUGUCCGUCUACCAUGCCAUCUUUUCACAUAUCUACGAAGCGCUGCGCGUCUACGAACCAUUACGGGCGGCGAAAAUCCGGCAGAGGGCGUGGACAAGACGCGGGUCGGUGCCGGGGCCGAAGCCGGGGCCGGGGCUGGUCCAACCUCGCGCUAUCUAUGGGGCCGAUGAAGCGGGUGGUCGGCCGGCGCUCAACGUUCUGGGAAUCCGGAUCCAGUUGGAAAUCAUGACGCAUAUGUUGGAGCAGAUCGACAGCGCCCUGUUCGGGCCGCGGGUAGCACACGGGGCGGACGGGGACGAGGGAAGGACCGAUACCAUAAACCGCGGCGGAGAGGUCAUGUUUGGGCACCCGGCUACCAAGGCGCUCCUUGCCACGAUGCUGAGUCAUGAAGGGUAUGACUCUGGCGUGCCGGUCGGCCCGUUUGCGGAUGGCGAUGGCGAUGAUGACGAUGAUGAUGGCUAUAUGGAGGGCAUGCGCGGUUGUAGAAUGGGGUUUAGAACGUUGAUGGGACUCCAAAAGAAUAUUCGCAGGCUGCUGCGAACGAACAGUUUCGGGUAG